GGCGGCCUCUCUGCUGACGGUCGGCGCCCGUCCCGCAGGCGGCGGAGGAGGAGGCCAAGAUGAACUCGCAGCAGCAGCAGCAGCAGCGCCUGGCCGCCAUCGGUACCGACAAGGAGCUGAGCGACCUGCUGGACUUCAGCGCGAUGUUCUCGCCGCCCGUGAACCGCGGGAAGGCCCGGCCCACCACGCUGGGGAGCAGCCAGUUCGGCGGGGCAGGUAUGGAGGAACGAGCAGGAGGGAUAUCUUGGGGAGCAAGCGGUCAGUUCAGUCCUUCAUACGAACCUACAAGGGAAAAUGGCAGCCUUCUUGGAAAAACCUCAGAUAUUUCAACAGCUCUGGAGAAGCUGAAACACGAGGAGAGUUUUACAGAUACUCCUUCCUAUGAUGAACAUUUGAGUGAUGAACGAUUAGGACCCAGUGAAGAAUUAUCUCCAACUCCUUUCCUUAAUUCAAAUCUGAUAGGAAAAGCCUCUGAGAGGAGUCAGUUCCCAAUGUUUGGUCGAGAUGCUGGGCUCUCAGGCUGUCAGACAAGCCUGCUUCGAUCUGACAUUGGUGUUGGAAGCUCAGGAAAAACUGGUACACCAUAUUAUCCAUUUUCCUCUGCAAAUCCACGACGAAGGCCCCUUCAUGAUUCAUCUUCCCUUGAUUCUCUGCAGACAAAAAAAGUAAGGAAGGUGCCUCCUGGUUUGCCAUCUUCUGUCUAUGCACCUUCUCCUAAUUCAGAUGACUUCAGUAGAGAAUCUCCAAGUUAUCCAUCUCCUAAACUGCCAAGCAGUAUGUUUGCUAGCACUUUCUUGUUACAAGAUGGGACCCACAUUGCUUCUGAACUUUGGAGCCCCUCCAAUGGAGUGAGCCAGUCGGGUUAUGGUGGAAUGCUGGAAAGUCCUUCUCACCUGUUGCCCUCCAAUAGUUACGGCAGCCGACAUCCCCACGAGUGUCUGAACUGUCCUCCUCAUUCAGACUCAUCAACAGAAGGAAGCACCAGCCUUCCGCCAAUGUCCAGCUUCCACCGGGGCAGUAGCAAUAAUUCAUUAUAUGCUGCCGCUGCCGCCGCCACCACCACCACCACCUCUCAUACUCCACCAGUCAACGGCUCGGAUACCAGUGUGCUUGUUCAUAGAGGGAAUCCUGGUGGAAGUUCACAGACUGGGGACGCCCUUGGAAAAGCUUUGGCCUCAAUUUAUUCUCCUGACCACAGUAGCAGUAGCUUUCCUUCAAAUCCUUCAACACCUGUUGGAUCACCAUCAUCUCUCACAAGUACUAUCCAUCUCCUCUUCCCCCUACCUCCACUUCCUUUUUCAAAAUCUUAUGCUGAUCAGUGGUCAAGAACUGGAGGACAAGCCCCUUCAUCUCCAAGCUAUGAAAAUUCUUUACAUUCAUUGAAAAAUCGAGUUGAGCAACAACUUCAUGAGCAUUUGCAAGAUGCUAUGUCCUUCUUAAAGGAUGUCUGUGAGCAGUCCCGGAUGGAAGAUCGCCUGGACAGACUCGAUGACGCCAUCCACGUGCUGAGAAACCAUGCCGUGGGGCCUUCGAUGAGCCUGACAGGGGCCCACGGAGAGAUGGAGGGCUUAUUGCGGCUAUCCCACAAUGGGCCCAUUAGCACUUUGAGUGCCACUUACGGCACAUCCAGCCUCGUCAUAGCCAGUAGACAAGCCUCGAUGGAAGAUGGUGUCAGCCUCAGUAACAACCAUUCAGGGUUGUGCAACACGGUUCCUGCCCAGAGUACAGAACUACACUAUAAAACCCAAGAAAGCUAUAGAGGGCUGCCUGCUGGGUUGCCAACCCCAUCGGUAGCCCUAGGUCCGCUGCAGAUCAAGUUAGAGCACAAGGAGAAGGAGGACAAUGCACAGGAACCCGCGUCCUCCGAUGACAUGAAAUCUGAUGACGAGUCCUCCCAGAAGGAUAUCAAAACCUCCUCCAGAGGCAGGAUGAGCAGCAUGAACGAAGAUGAAGAACUAAACCCAGAGCAGAAGCUGGAGCGGGAGCGGGAGCGGCGGAUGGCCAACAAUGCCCGGGAGCGCUUGCGUGUCCGGGACAUCAACGAAGCUUUCAAGGAGCUGGGCCGGAUGUGCCAGCUGCACCUAAAGAGUGAAAAGCCCCAGACCAAACUGCUGAUCCUUCACCAGGCCGUGGCUGUCAUCCUCAGCCUGGAGCAGCAGGUCCGAGAGAGGAACCUGAACCCCAAAGCAGCUUGCCUUAAGCGAAGGGAAGAGGAAAAGAGGUCUGUUGUAUCAGCAGAACCCCCACCCCCCCCAUCCAGGAAGCCAUCCAGCGCUUAGUGAAACUGCCAAUCCAAUGGGACGUAUGUGAGGUGACGUUUUUAUGUCUGCGGGGGCUGACAUGGAUGUUGAUGGGCACACAGGGUAUACCAAAACCCUGUCAGUUACACUUUGUGUUAAGUUGAAUUACAGCAUCACAAAACCUAGACUGUGUGUUGGAAUCCUUUACUACUUUAGUCCAAGAUUACCAGCACAAUUUAUUAAAACCAACAGUCACACUCGGCAAAGUGUAUGGCUUUUGUUGGGGGUCGGUGAGGCAGCGCAGCUCUGGCACCUCAGAUUAUGGUGCUCAGAAUAAGAACCGGCUCCACCGGAAGCAGAUCCUCCGGUCCAGAAGCCAGAGUCCAGGCCACUUGGCUCUUUCCCACUGUGCCCUGUACCUGUCAGUGCUUCAACAUUGCCCUUUUAAUGUCCAGAUCAGAAUCCAGAACCCUGUGGAAGAGACCAAGAAGAGGGGAUCUUUUGUUCACAAGGACACUCAACACAGCAUUAAACAGGACCAUCUUGCCGGAGAAACAACCUGUCCAGAAGUGGCCCUUUGAGAAAAAUGGCCGGUUGCCCCAGAAGAGAGAGCGAGAGCACCAGGCUUUUCUUCCAGCAGGAUUUCCGCCCCACAGACAGCAGCACCUCUCCUCCUCUUCCUUGUAGUUCUCCUGUCGCUCCAGCACAAUCAGAGACUCUGAUCUCCUCUCCACUUGGUGGGGAAACUGCCUUGUGCCUAAACCGAAUUGACAAAUGAAUUGUAACUAUAAAACAUUAUUUGUAAUGGAACUAUAAAGAUCCACCGUAUGAAGGGAAACAUUGAUCUGUUUAAAGCUUGGUUGAGAUACUGAUAUUGAGAAGUGCAUUUUGAGAAUGAAGCCACCAUGCCACUGACCCUUCACAUUCCACCAUACCUACAAGUGUCUUGAAGAAGGGACAAGGGCAUGCACCAGCUCCCCUCCCUCUGGACAUGUAUUUCCCAGGUAGGUAUCUUGAUCUUGAGGAGCACAGGCCAGCAGGCAGCCUUCUUCUUGAUGCACAGCCCCUGGCCUUUUGCAUUCUCAAAUGGCUCCCUCCUAAGGCUUCCAAUGGGACUGUUGUUGGGUGAAGAAGAAUCCCAUCUAGAAUUGUCUUGGAGCUGUAAGGACAAGCCCAGCAGACCUAAGCACAACCUGGGUUGAAGUCUUGGCCUGGGAUGAGAGAAGUGCAGUCCAGGGUGCCCUGAUUCUAGCUUCCCUGUGGAGAAGGGGGCUGCCUCCUUCCUGGUCAGUUGCCUUUGCCGAGUGCAUAGCAGGGAGGCCCUCUCUCUGGGCAAUUCCUCCUUCUUUGAACUUCCGUGAACACUGUCUUCCAUUGUAGCAGCCCAGAGAGAGACCCGCCGCCGUGGCACUGCCCCGAUAUCCUAAGCAAGCUUCUCUCACAAGACUUGAAUUGCUUUGAGGGUGUUGUGGCUCUAACUGGCUCCCUUCUACAAAGAGGGCAUGUCUUUCAGAUGCUUCCUACAUAUGCUGGUUUGUUAAGCAGCUGUCCUAAAGUGAUCCUGGGCAAGUGUCUGUGGCCCUUUUCUGCCACCUCCUCAGUGUUCCCCAGCCAGUGGACUUUGCCUCCUGGCUGGUGAAUUCCUGGCUCUGUUCGGCUGUGCAGGAUGUGUGCAGUGCACCCUAAAGCUUCCCUUGUAAAACCAAGAGAGCAUUUGGCUUAUUUUUCACUGUAGCUAGUGUUUUAUACAAUAAUCUUGUAAGAAGUUUCUUGAAUUCUAAAUAUUACUCUUUCUAGAUUUUUGAAAUAAAAAAAAUGUUUUCAGUAAAAAAUUUCUUACUUUAUUUUACUAUAUUAGGUAGUAAGAAAUGUAAGGUUGUUUAACCAUAACCUAUUCAUUAAUGUCAGAAAUUUACAAUAGCAUUGUAAGAGCAUAGUAGAGUUCUAGCAUCCUGUGUAGUACCUUAUGGAGUAUUGUAAGAGCUAUUUAUCCAAGAUGAAUUGCUUCUCAUCUUGUUAUUCAAUUUCCAUAUGUUGGUUUAUUGCAAAUUUGUACCCUGUGUCAAAUUUUAAGAUAUUACAGAUAAACCUUUUUGACAGCAACAGGUUCAACAUUUUUUUUAUCAAUGUAACAGAAAACACUAUGUAUAUAACAUUUAUGUAGCAAUAAAUGUCCCAUCCUUUUGUA